AUGCUGCCGCCACCCUCGGAGCAGGCCCUGAGCGAGCUGCUGGCUCGCAAGGAGGAGGAGUGGCGUGCGCUGCAGGCCCAGCGCGCCCGGCUGCAGGAGGCGGCGCUGCAGGGCACGCAGCGCCGGCUGGAGGAGGCUGAGGGGCGGCUGCGGCGCCUGCAGGAGGACUUCAUGUACAACCUGCAGCUGCUGGAGGAGCGGGACCGGGAGCUGGAGCGCUACGACGCCGCCUUCGCCCAGGCGCAGAGGCUGCAGGAGGCCUGGCAGGCCGAGGCCAGUGAGCUCAAGAUCGAGGCGGCCAAGCUGCGGCAGGCGCUGGCCACGGAGGCCCGGCGGCGGGAGGACCUGCAGCAGCAGCUCCAGCUGAAGCUGCAGGAGCACCGCCUGGCACUGGAGCAGGCCCACAGCGACAAGAAUGUGGAGGUCGAUCGCCAGCGGGAACAGUACGAGAAGCUCAAGUGGCAGCUGGAGAGGAAGCUCCAGGAACUGGACGGCGAGCUGGCUCUGCAGAGGCAGGAGCUGCUGCUGGAGUUCGAAUCUGAAGUGCAGAAGCGUGAGCACGGGUUCCGGCUGCACGCCGACAGCAUGAGCAACACCGUCCUGACCCACGAGCUCAAGGUGAAGCUUCUGACCAAGGAGCUGGCGGCGCUGAGGGAGGCCGGGGCCCAGGCGGCCGGGGCCCUGCAGGACGCGCAGGAGGCCAAGGCGGAGCUGGAGGAGCAGCUGCAGCGAGCUGCCUGGGAGCUGCGGGACCUCGCCGCCGUGAAGGACGCCCGGAUAAAAGACCUGGAGGACAAGCUCCAGUCCGUGCAGCUCACCCGGAACACGGAGCAGGAGACCUUCCGGAGGAAGCACGAGGAGCUCGACCGUGUGGCCAGGGAGAGGGACGCGGUGCUGGCGUCGGUGAAGGGCGCUCACGCGGAGCAGCUGCGGGCGCUGGAGGCCCGGGUGCUGGAGCUGCAGGCGCAGUGCGAGGCCCUGGAGCUGCAGGUGCGCAGGGCUGAGUGGAGGCAGGCGGACGCCCUGAAGGAGAAGGACGCCGCCAUGGACAAGCUCCGGGAAGAGGCGUCCGCGCUGAGAGCCGGCUGGGAUGCGCAGCUCGCUCAGCUGUCGAAGGAGACGACCUCCAAGGACCUGCAGGUCCAGUCGCUGCAGGAGGACACGGCGCAGCUGCGGGCACAGCUGGCCCGGUGCCAGCAGGACGUGGGCAGGUACCAGCGGGAGCUGUCUCUGGCGGUGGAGAGGGAGCAGAGCCUGGAGCGGGACAAGGUGCAGCUGGGCCUGGACUGGCAGCGGCGCUGUGAGGGCCUCGAGCGCGACCACUACCACCAGUCCGAGGGGCUGGUGCAGGGGCUGGCCUCGGCCAGGGCGCAGGUCGCCGCCAAGCUCCAGGAGGCGGAGCAGAGGCUGCGAGACCAGGAGGUGGUGCUGAGGGCCCUGACACUAGAGAGAGACCAGGCCCUGCAGGCCCUGAGGGACCACGGGCUUGGUCCAGAGCAGGAAGUGGCGGUGAGCGCCCUGCCCCCGGGUGUCUAA